GGAUAAGGCAUCGCCCUCCGAAGGCGGGGAUUGGGGGUUCGAGUCCCCUCGAGGACGCUCUUUUGGUCAGAAGUCAUGGUCCAGUCAUGUAGCGAAACACAACGCCCACUUCAAUUUCAAAAAAAAGCAACUCUUUCUCCAACAUCGACAUUGGCAUCCACACGACGCGCAUCGAGCUGAUGGCGAAGGAUCAGAGAGGAAGACAUGUACAUGCGAAUAGUCGAAGUAUUAGUAGAGGCUACAUUUUUCAAGUUUAUUCUCGCAUGCGAACAAAGGCGGAAACCGUAGCCGCUGGCAACCAGGCACCACCGAGAACAGUUCUUGUUCACCAGUUAACUGUUGCAUCUACCUUCAAGACUAUCCGAAUAUACUAUUGGUAGACAGCAGCGUCGUGUGGACGCCACUCCGCAAUUAGUACAGCCGAAUAGCCCAGCACACAUAUUCACUGUCAAAAACUGUAGUCAUUCAUAAAAAAAGCAAAAAUGACCGAUGAGAAUGGCGGGUCGUCGCUACGACGCUCUACCCGACGCCUGGACAAGCGCGCUCCUCCUUCUCUACGCGUCCUCGUUCGCCUGUUCUCGGCUCUGGAGUUCGGACUCGGAGCCCUGACACUGUAUCAGCACACGCCCGACUUCGCCGCUGUCAAGCGUGCCGUGGAGAGCUCAUGCCAACUUAGCUUCACGCCUACACAUCUACAGCAGAUUCUGCACCUGUUGCCUGGCACCUAUGCGCUCGAGUGGAAGAAGAACACACGCACUGCUCGUCGUCAAGCACAGGAGGAAGGCGGAGAUUCCCUUCAAGCGCAGCGCCAGCGCCUUCAGCAGCAGCCGCCAGUGCUCACACUACGCAAGCAACAGCUGCCCCCUCCCAAUGAGGACUGCGAAAGCCUCGAGGCUCGUAUCACUCUGUUCUUUAGCAAAGCCAACGCCUACUUGGAAGGUCAUGUUCAGGCCAUUAAAAAGGAGUUCCCAGACAUGACAGACGAUGAGUUGAAAAACGCUCUGAAACUCGUGGAGAUUGAGAUGGCCCCACUACCUAAACUUCCGGCGGAGAUAGAGAGUGAGGAGAGCACCACAGCGUUACUGGAGAAAAAGAUUAGCAAAGAGCAGGUAGAUCACGUGACAGGCACCAAGGCCAAGGAAAAACUGGAGGAGGUGCUGGCAAAGCCUGUGCCACAGGAUUUAAAAUCUUUGCCAGAGUGGCUUAUCAACAAGGUCCGCAAGCAGGAAGCUAGUCGCAAGGAUGUGGCGGAGAAUAGUGCGAAGGCCUUGAAGAAACGGAUGCUGGCCACGCUGCCGCAGCUCAGUGACCAGCUGCAGUCGCUCGUGAUUGUCACCAAGAAGUCCAUUUUCCCCAAGGUGGAAGUGGUGCGCAGACUUGCGGUGCGAGCUCCGAUCAAGGGCAAGAUUGAGGAGCAGUUAUACCUGCUCGAGUCGAUGGUGCCGGAAUGGCUCACGGUGGUGCUCGACAGCGGCAAAGAGUACAUCAAGAUUUCAACCAGCUGCAAAUACAACACCGUCAAGGCCUCAUUACGGCGCGCCAUCUCCGUCGAAGCCUAAGUUGCAAACAGGAUAAGGUAACCUGGAAUACAGUCUAAAGAGGAAAUCUACACAACCUACGCUUUACGUCAAAA